AUGAUGCUUCUACAUCUACUUCUUCUUUCUCCAUCCCCCCUAUCACCUCCCCUGUCGCCCCAUUCCACAAAUAUCCCUCCUCAUGCACCAACCAUCGUGUAUCACAGUUUUUUGAGUUCUCGCAGAUUCUCUCCAACCCCUUUGUGUCAGGCCUUCCAAAGUACGCAUCAUCAAACGACCCACAGCGCCAUUCAUUUGCAUUCUGUCUCGUGUGUUUCUUCGCUCCCUUUUCUUCUUCUUUCCUCCGCGUCGGAUGCUCGUUUCCGUUCAGCUGAUCCUCUCGAGCCGCCAUUUUUCUUUUCACCAGGCCAUUGGUGCAUGUCGCAGAGGACCACUUUGUGCAAACAGGUCAUUGCUAGUGUUUGUUUUGUUCUAACUUUUGUUAGACCCUUGCCGUUAUCCUCUUUUCACUUUCUUGUUUGCAACCUUUUGCUUUCACUUCUUUCCGCCUCUUCUCCGCGUCUUUGGCACACCUCUCCGGGCCCCAAGUCCUGUCUGUCCAUAAGACUUUUUUCUCAUCGUAUGACGCUUGGCGAGCCGUUCGCUGAAAAAUAUCCUUUUUUUCUGUUUUUGUGA